GCCCUCUAGCACACUCAAACUGCUUUUGGUCAGCAGUGUCAUCGCAACUGUUCAAUCCUCCACCAAGGGCCUGCACCGCGUCUAAACGUUUUCGAGACGGAUACAGCUUCCAGAAUGCGUAUUUCCUCACGUACCGUGGCCUUGCUAUAGCUUCACGAGUUGCAUAUAGCACACAAGCCUGCAGAUUAGAAGGGAACCUCGCGGAAGCCGAUCCGCAGGAUGUUGCCCCAGGCGACCACGGCGGGGAAGCGGGGCAACAAAGGAUACCUGGGGACGUAUCUGCGCCGCUUCCUCAAGCCAAAACAAUGGGACCUGGAGUACACGUUUUGGAUGAUGCUGCAGCUGGUCAUAUCGCCGAAGACAGCGUACCGGCACACAGCUUACCACAAGCAGACCAAAAACCAGUGGGCGCGGGAUGACCCGGCCUUCAUCGUCGUGUGCUGUGCGCUGGUAACGGUUGCCAGCCUCGCAUACUGUGUCACGUUCGGCGACACGCUGUGGCACACGCUACUCACCGUGUUGUCGGCGGUGCUGGUUGACUUCCUGCUGAUCGGGGUAGCCAUGGCGACGGCAUGCUGGGUGAUAACCAACCGCUUCCUGCGGAAGCGGAACCUGCAUCACCAUCAGGUGGAGCAGCACGUGGAGUGGCUGUACGCGUUUGACGUGCACUGCAACUCCUACUUCCCCCUGUUUCUGCUGUUGUACGUGCUGCAAUUCCUGCUCAGCCCCGUGCUGCUGUGGCGGAGCUUCCUAUCCUCCGCGCUGGCUAACGCGUUGUACGUGAUCGCGUUGGGGUACUACCACUACAUGAACUUCCUGGGGUACAGCGCGCUGCCUUUCCUCGAACGCACCGAGGUGUUCUUGUGGCCCAUUGGAGCAAUGUUGUUGCUGCUGCCCUUCGCCGUGUUAUCCGGAUUCAACCCGUCCAUAUUCACGCUGAGCGUGUACUUCGGGUGAGCAGGCGUCUGGCUGAUGCAGGCGUAGGACGCACGCACGAUAUGAGCUUGUGAAGAUGUUUCGUCACAGGAGGCCACAAUUAUAGCCAUCAGACAUAGUCACUACGCGAGGAGGUUGCGUCGGCAACAUUUUAGAGAAAGGCACGCGUGAAUGCGUUGGAGUGGAACUGUAAACACGCUGGUGGGAUCAGGUUCCCAUGGAGUGAGGGCAUAGCACGAUGCAGGUUUCGGGCAGUAAGUCCAUUCGGCGUUGAUGAAGCGUGUGGUGCGAUUGUGGUGCGCGUCAAGGGUGCGAGACGAUCGGAUAUUGGGCUGCACCAGCUUGUACAUGGAUGCUUCGCCGGCUUGUCAAGCCAAUGCUAACGGGCCAGGAUGCAUGGGGUCGCCGUCUCGCCGAUUCAAAUGUGAGCCGGUCAACACAUUCGGGGGCGUAGCGCAGGGUCUGGGCCUGGGCCGCCACACCUUGACACGCCUUGACCUGGGCAGGCGAGUGCGCGAUCAGACGCCACCCCUGUGCCCGAUGGUGGUGCUGAGAGUGUUAUGAUGGCGCAGCCGGUACAAGG